CGAGGUUAGAACUUCGGAAGGAAGGAAACCCUAACCCCAAUCUCGUUCUUCUGAUCAUCGACCUCUAUCGACUUUCCAUCGACCACCUUCUGACCACUUCAUCGUGAUGGCGCCCCAAGCUGCUCGGGAUGACAGCAAACCCACGGCCAGUUCCUCACCCCGCUCAGGUCCAAAACGGACCAAGAAAAAACGUCAUCAUCCUCAAAAUACAGAAGAGUCUCUGCCCGGUGUUCAAAAAAUCAAAUCUUCACUCCGCCAAACGCGACGGCUUUUGGCAAAAGAAAAUCUUGCAGCUGAUGUUCGCGUGGAGACUGAGCGAAGGCUGAAAGCGCUUGAGGCAGACCUUGCUCGUGCUGAAGUGGCAAGGAAGGAGCGAACGUAUGCUAUGAAAUAUCAUAAAGUCAAAUUCUUUGAGCGCCAGAAAGUGGUCCGUAGGAUCAAGCAAGUCAAACGCGAUCUUAGUUCGGCACAAGGAAAGGAGAGAGAAAAGUUAGAAGGCGAACUCGAAGGUCUGAGAGUGGACCUCAACUAUAUUCUGCACUACCCGAGGACCGAAAAGUACAUAUCACUUUUUCCUCCAGAAAGACGUCACAUCGACACGGUCUCGACAACUUCUGACGACAAUGACCAACGCAUUACGGUCCGUGAUCUCAUUCGAGACCAGAUGCAGCGUGGCGAAAUUAGCAAACAACCCGAAAAUGAGCUCGAUGGUGGCAGCCGACGACACUCUGGGCUAGAUCAUUCCCACAAAAACGAAGGAGAAGGAUCUCUUAGAAAGGACGAUCAAACCAGCUCGGCAGCACAUCGUACUACUACCAAAGGGGAUGAUUUCUUUGGUGAGGACGGUGAUACAGAGGCCUCUAGUGCGUCAGAAAUAGAAGUCGAGUAGCGGCGUUGUUUCACUUGUUAUGUAUGCAAAUUCUAGCUUCACAUUCUGCACCA